CGCCCGCCCCCAGCAAAGAUGGCGUGGCGGGCGCUGUGGCGGGUCGGGCCGGUGCUGGCGCCGCGCUGCCCGCGCCUCUCGCUGCCGGCUCGGGGGCCCGCGGCCCGCGGGCUGGGCACCAGCUCGCUGCUGCAGUCCGCUCGCAAAUUCACAGACAAGCACGAAUGGGUAUCUGUGGAAAAUGGCAUUGGAACAGUAGGAAUCAGCGAUUUUGCACAGGAAGCAUUAGGAGAUGUUGUUUACUGUAGUCUUCCAGAAGUCGGUACAAAAUUGAGUAAACAUGAUGAGUUUGGGGCUUUGGAAAGUGUGAAAGCUGCUAGUGAACUCUACUCCCCUCUCUCAGGAGAAGUGACUGAGAUUAAUGGUGCCCUUGCAGAUAAUCCAGGGCUUGUCAAUAAAUCCUGUUAUCAAGAUGGUUGGCUUAUCAAGAUGACUGUGGCAAACCCUGCUGAACUUGAUGAACUGAUGACUGAAGAUGCCUAUGAGAAAUACAUAAAAUCCAUUGAGGACUGAGCUGGAAUAAUGGAAUAAAUUAAUAUAAAAUCUCAGUGUAGUUUGUCAUCAAUUAAGGAAAUACUGAAUAUCCAGUUUUGGCAACUUGAAAAAUACCACUUAAGAUCACAUAUACAAGACUAGAAAUAGAGUGUUUCACAUCUGUGUGCCUGUGAAGGCUUUUUAUUCUGUUGUCUGAUUCAUGUAACUGCAGAUGUUAUCUAUAACAUUUUGGGAAACAAAAUUCAUUUGCUAAAAUAUGUAAUUGUAUAGAUUCAUUUGACAUCUAAUUUAGUAAUAACAACCUUAACAUGUCAAUUUUGCUGUAGGAACAUGACUGUUCUCAUAACCUGGACUACAGUUUUCCCUGAAAUAGUUUCUGUUGCUCCCAAACCAUUGAAAAGGGGUGUCUUCCUGACCUACUCAUGUUCUUUUUUCUUAGGGUUGCAAAGAUGAUACCAAAAAAGGAGAAGCCAUAUCAACUACCUCUCUGCAUGAUUUUUAUUUCUUUACAGAACUUACUCAUCUUUUGCUCUCCUUUUUUUUUUCUACUUUGUGAUCAAAGGUGGCCCUGCCUUCCCCUUUCUGUGCUUUCUUAGUGUGCAAAUCUCCUGCAGUGAUUGUUUAUCAAGGUUCUACAGUGGAUUUUUGAGGCUGUAUUUUUGUCUUGUAAACACUACCUAAGUCACAAGUAAGGAAUUAAUUUUACAUCUUUUGCCUGGCAAUUGUGAUUUCAGCAGGGCAGGUACUUGUGGAAAUUGUGUGAUCAGCCACAGUUUGACAUGUCAUGUAUCCAUGUGUGUCUGUAUUGAAGAUCAAGACUGAACCCAAAACUUCCCCUUUGCAAACCAGCAAACUAAAGCAGCUGAUUCCAUUAGACUUAAUACUUAAUGAAUCCACAAAUGUGAACUCAAAGUUGAUGUGACAUCUAAUGGUAAGAUGGAGUUGUACACACCUGCACUUUAGGAAAACACAAUAGUACAGCAGAGUUUUGUUCUCAAACUUUCCUCCACUGUUUUAAAAUGUUUUUUUUAGCAGCUAAGCACAAAAUGGGAACAAACCCCAAUGAUUCAGGCUCAUCUAAGAGGAAGCAGGGCAAUGCUUAGUUCAUGUAAGAUGACUUAAGCAAAUUUCAUAUUCCUUUGAAAGUUCUUUCUUUCUGAAGGGAUGUGAAUCACAGACUGGUGACACUGCUGGUAAUACAGAAACCUUUCUAAUGUAUAAAAAGGGUUUCUUUUACGAUCUGGAGGGAUGUCAGAGUAAUUGCUAUGGUGGGUUUUGGGUUUAAAUCCUAGGAGCAAUUUGCUGCACAAGUCACACAUCGAAGCCCUGCCAAGAGAGAAUCCACUGCAUAUUUAAGUUGGUUUCAUCUUCACAGGAGUUAAACUGCAAAAUAGGUAAGGGGAAGGAGGGAGUUUGACUGUUCCACAGGAGUUCUGACUUGGCAGUGGUUGACAAACAAAAGGCUCUUGUAAACCUAGUGUCCAAUGUUUCAAAAACUCUCAGUACUUAUCCAUUAUUCACAGUUCCAUGCAGUAUUUAUUGUGACAACAUUCAGGGUUCAGAGAGCUGGGAGCUUGGUUCUGGCCUCUUACAAACUCCCUGCCUCAGUUGGAGUCUUUCACGCCCUGUGCACUUCUAAAGAGAAAGUUUGUUUCAAAUACAGUAAGUGCAGGCAAGUUGAGGUAGGAAUGCAGGAAAAUGUUUUGUUUGAUACUGUUUCUUUCAACAUCUUUUUUCCCACUUGCCUAGAGAGUAAAAGGCCCUUCAUUCUUUGCCCUGUGUAGGUGACCCUUGUUUAUCUCCCUGUAGAGGUUAAUCCAGAGCACUGUAAUGCAUUUUUAGACCAUUUUCCUUUAAAAUGUUUGUAUUCUCUUAUUUUGAUUAAUAAAAUAGCAAUUUCUGUAAUGACCUAGGGAACCUGGGGAACAAUAAAAACUGGCAAACUUGA